AUGGGUUAUUCUAAACGCCCUCGCGAUGAUAAGAAGAGUAAUGGCGGGCGGUCUAAACAUGCGGGGGAUAAGGGCUCCGGUCAACCGCGAGUAAAAAAAGCCGUCUUUGAGAGCACCAAGAAGAAGGAAGUCGGUGUAUCAGACUUGACGCUGCUCAGCAAGGUGUCCAAUGAAGCUAUCAACGAGAAUCUGAAGAAACGGUUUGAGCAUGGGGAGAUUUACACAUAUAUCGGCCAUGUGCUUGUCUCCGUCAACCCGUUUCGAGACCUUGGGAUAUAUACCGACGAGGUCCUCGAUUCGUACCGCGGGAAGAACCGUCUCGAAGUAAAACCGCACGUCUUCGCAGUCGCCGAGUCAGCAUACUAUAACAUGAAAGCAUACAAGGAAAACCAAUGUGUUAUUAUCUCAGGAGAAUCCGGCGCCGGAAAGACAGAAGCUGCCCGACGGUUGAUGCAGUAUAUCGCAAACGUCUCGGGGGGUUCAGAUUCUUCCAUUCAAGAAACCAAGGAUAUGGUUCUGGCAACCAAUCCGCUCCUGGAAUCGUUUGGAAAUGCGAAAACAUUGCGCAACAACAACUCAUCGCGAUUUGGAAAAUACUUAGAACUCCAGUUCAAUUCGGUUGGAGAACCUGUCGGAGCCGUGAUCACAAAUUACUUAUUAGAGAAGUCCAGAGUGGUGGGCCAGAUCACCAACGAGCGCAAUUUCCAUAUCUUCUAUCAAUUCACGAAGGCUGCCCCCCAGUCAUACCGCGAAGCAUUUGGAAUUCAGAAACCGGAUGCCUACCUAUAUACCAGCCGCUCAAAGUGCUUUGAUGUGCCUAAUAUAGAUGAUUCAGCGGAUUUUAGAGAGACCGUUGAAGCCAUGAAAAUCAUUGGCUUAAGCCAGGCUGAACAGGACAACAUCUUCCGUGUACUAGCUGCUAUCCUCUGGCUAGGAAAUAUGCAGUUUGUUGAGGAUGACCAGAGCAAUGCCACUAUCACCGACCGGUCGGUCAUCGACUUUGUUGCCUAUUUAAUGGAAGUUGAUGCGGACCAGGUUCAAAAGGCCCUUACUCACAGAAUCGUCGAAACCGCAAGAGGAGCUCGGAGAGGAUCUAUCUAUGAAGUGCCGUUGAACACGGUGCAAGCUAUGGCUGUUCGUGAUGCCUUGGCAAAGGCCCUCUAUUUCAAUCUCUUUGACUGGAUUGUGCAGCGAGUGAAUGCAUCCCUGGUUGCGAAAGGAGCCGUUUCAAACUCCAUUGGUAUCCUGGAUAUUUAUGGAUUUGAGAUUUUCGAGAAGAACUCGUUCGAGCAGCUCUGCAUCAACUAUGUCAAUGAAAAGCUCCAGCAGAUUUUUAUUCAAUUGACAUUGAAGACAGAACAAGAAGAAUAUGCCCGGGAACAAAUUCAAUGGACGCCCAUCAAAUACUUCGAUAACAAGGUUGUUUGCUCGUUAAUUGAAGAUAAGAGACCGCCGGGAAUAUUUGCUGCGCUUAAUGACGCCUGUGCCACUGCACAUGCGGAUUCGGCGGCAGCAGAUCAAACCUUUGUUGGACGAUUGAACUUCCUCGGCCAAAAUCCAAACUUUGAAUCCAGGCAAGGACAGUUUAUUGUCAAACAUUAUGCCGGCGAUGUGUCUUAUGCCAUUGAAGGAAUGACAGAUAAGAACAAGGAUCAACUGCUCAAGGAUAUAUUAAACCUAAUCAACUCGAGUGGCAACGGCUUCUUGCAUACUCUUUUCCCGGAUCAAGUGAACCAGGAUGACAAGCGACGCCCUCCAACUGCCGGUGACAAGAUCAAGGCCUCUGCAAAUGAUUUGGUUGCAACGCUGGCCAAAGCACAGCCAUCGUAUAUCCGGACAAUCAAACCAAAUGACAACAAGUCCCCAUCUGAGUACAAUGUUGGAAACGUUAUGCAUCAAAUCAAGUAUCUUGGUCUACAGGAAAACGUGCGAAUAAGACGAGCUGGUUUCGCCUACCGACAGACAUUCGACAAGUUUGUUGAACGGUUCUAUCUCCUAUCUCCCAAAACCUCGUACGCGGGUGACUACACCUGGACCGGUGAUGCAGAGUCCGGCUGCCGACAAAUCUUAAAGGACACAAGUAUCCCCGCUGAAGAGUACCAGAUGGGUGUGACCAAGGCUUUCAUCAAGACCCCCGAAACGCUUUUCGCUCUUGAACAUAUGAGAGACCGCUAUUGGCAUAACAUGGCUAUCAGGAUACAGCGUGCAUGGCGCAACUACCUCCGAUAUCGAACCGAAUGUGCCAUCCGCAUCCAACGCUUCUGGAGACGUGUUACUGGUGGCCUGGAGUUUAUCAAGCUACGAGACCAAGGCCACAGAGUACUUAGUGGGAAAAAGGAGCGUCGACGAUUCAGUCUUCUUGGCUCAAGGAGAUUCCUAGGUGACUAUAUAGGUGUUGGAAACAAGGGUGGAUUCGGGGAGAUCGUUAGGGACUCCAUCCGCCUUUCGAGUUCCGAAACGAUACUUUUCUCCUGUCGGUGCGAGCUUCUGGUAACGAAAUUCGGCCGAUCGAGUAAACCUGCACCACGACUUUUAAUUCUGACUGCUAAAAAUGUUUACAUUGUUGCUCAAGCAGUUGUGAACAACCAGCUCAACAUAUCUGCUGAGCGGACCAUCUCCCUGGGCGCAAUCAAGGCUGUUGGAACAUCCAAUCUGAAAGAUGAUUGGUUUUCAAUAGUUGUUGGUGCACCCCAGGAACCAGACCCCCUAUUGUCCUGUGUGUUCAAGACGGAAUUCUUCACCCAUCUCACCAACGCCUUGCGCGGACAGAUGAACCUCAAGAUUGGUGAUGUGAUUGACUUCAAUAAGAAACCCGGCAAGUUGGCACAGGUCAAAGUGGUCAAGGAUCCGGCCGUACCCCGGGACGACGUGUAUAAGAGUGGAACCAUCCGCACAGCGCCCGGAGAGCCAGCAAACUCGGUCUCCAAGCCAACACCGCGGCCCAAGCAGGUCGCCGGCAAGCCUAUCAGCAAAGGCAAACUUCUACGACCCGGCGGUCCAGGGGGCGGCCCGUCCAAGCUCUCGCAGGCAGCGGCCAAGCCCAGGCCACGUCCCGCACCCCAGCAGCUUCCGGGCAGUGGCCAACAGUCAACUCUCGAGUCACGGCCUGUCCCCCAACCUGCUGCCGUUGCUGCUGCUGUGGCAACCUCCAACCAUAACCGCGUUAGCUCAACAGCUUCACAAUCCCAGUCGCGGCCGCCGCCACCUCCUCCUCCAGCACCCCAAGCAGCUCCACCGCCCAAGAAACCCAUGGCCAAAGUGCUGUAUGACUUUAACAGUGGGAAUACAAAUGAGCUGGCAAUCCGGCAGGGAGAACUGGUACAGAUCAUCUCCCGUGAAACAAACGGUAUCCCUUCCUUUUUAACAUAUCCUAUUAUACAAUGUCUAGGUUGGUGGCUAUGCAUGAACCCGAGCACCGGAGUCCAGGGCUGGACUCCAGAGGCAUACAUUGAGGAAAUCAAGGAGGCAGCUCCACCACCUCCCCCUCCACCGCCCCCCGUAGCAGCCCGGGCUCCAGCUCCGGCUCCAACACCGACGUCUAACGGCGCAGGUGCAGUGCGUGCUAGCGGAACAGCUGCUGCAAAGGCCAAACCAGCUCCGCCCGCACCCCCCGCAAAACGCCCCAACAUGCGCAAACAAGUCCAGAACUCCGUGGCCCCGCGGGAUAGUGCCGUCAGCAUGAACUCGCAGGACUCCUCGGGGGCCAGUGGGCGGGCGACGCCAAACAGUUUGAACAAUGCCAGUUUGGCGGGAGGACUUGCAGAGGCCCUACGGCAACGGCAGAGCGCGAUGCAAGGGAAGCAUAACGAUGACGACGACUGGUAG